CUGCACACACUUCGUGCGAGUGUGCGUGCAUAGUGCUUACUCUGCAAUUGUAUUUCACGUGCAUACACGCGCUAGGUCCAAAAGCACCAGCGCUUGAGGUGGCAGCAAAGUUAUUUGACAAAACUUUUCCCGUUUAUUUUUGAGCUUUUUGUCUUGCAUUUUGUUUUAUUCCAUCCCGUUGCAAUGAGCCAAAUGCAUUCAGAAGACUGGACGGGGAUGAAGGAACUGGCGACCGACAGGUGUGUACAGCAAACGGAUCCGCGGUACCCGGCGCCGGCGGCUGUCGCUCCGCUCUCUCUGCUGGACACCGAUCCGAGGGGUUGGCUCGCGCCCAGUUUGCAAAGCACCUGCCCGGCUCACGGGGACUACCUGGCACCUGGGCCGUCGGACGAGCUGCUGCUGCUAGAGCCCGGAACGGAGCUGGAGCCACCGUUGCAAUGCAAGAGCCCGCAGCUCAAAGUACGGGAGCUUUGUAAGCUGAAGGGCGUGGGUUUGCAGGAGCUGGGCUGCCGGCAGCGGGCUCCGCCGAGCAGGCAUGUGAGCGGCGUGCAGAAACAGAGGAGGCUGGCGGCCAACGCCAGGGAGAGGAGGAGAAUGCACGGUUUGAACCACGCCUUCGAUCAGCUACGGAACGUCAUCCCGUCGUUCAACAACGACAAGAAGCUGUCCAAGUACGAGACUUUGCAGAUGGCGCAGAUUUACAUCAGCGCACUGGCCGAACUGUUGCAAGGAGGGGGCGAGCCCGGACCCAAGGGCGAGGCUUCGUCCCGGGCUGCAGGCAUCGCCACUCCGGGCUGCAGGCGUCACUCGCACACGGCUUUCCCUGUGCAGUUCUCCUUCCAGGAGGGGGGUCCGCUGGACCUAUCACAGGACGAGGUGGCCACCCAGGACAACAGCAAGACCUCCCCACGCUCUCACCGGAGUGACGGCGAGUUCUCCCCGCAUUCCCACUAUAGUGACUCUGAAGAUGUUCCCUUAGACUUGCAGAGCGAAGACGAAGAACUAUCUGGACUGCAACAGCCCCCGAAUUACCAAUAAAUGCAACAAGUGCAAGGGGAAAAAUAUUCCGUCUUCCAUUACUCUUUUUUGUUUUGCUCUGAUGCUGAAUGCUAAUAGAAUAUUUUUGUUUUUUAAUGUAAAAAUAUGCUAAUUUUAUACGAAUUCCAUAUGGGUGGAUGAUGUUUCAAAAAUGUACGCACUUUAAAAAAGAACUCAGCCCGGGAACUGAAACUGCCAAUUUCUAUCGUUGAAAUAUUUAAGUAGCUACCUUGCAUUACUGUGUUUUAUAUAUAGAUUAUAUUAUAUGGUUCGAGACGUGUUAAGCAUUUUGUCUCCAAGUCGCCGUCUGUGUUUUGGCGGCUGGAAAUAUAGAAUUAUUAUUUAUUGCUAUUUGGAGUGUAUUUUUCUCGAUUGCUUUGAGUCUGUGUGUUCAUUAAAUGAGUAAUUUUUUUAAAAAAAUAAUUUCAACCGCGCAGAUGGAUAAAUGCAUCGUUUUAACGGACAAUUUCGUUUAAAUUUAGCAAUCCUUCGCUACCGUUUGUGUACUGUUACGU